AGCACCACCAACGUCUCUCUCGGUUGACCUUCCUCGCGUGGCGGGCGAACACCAAGUGGCUACAAUGUUUCCUCUGUGCAUCUGCCACGUUGAAGAAAUCAACGAGGGCGGCUAAUGAUUGUGGGAUCCACAUGACGCUGGAAUGGCUCCUAUUGGUUUGUGGCGUGGAUGGACGUACGUCAGCAAUCCCACCAGAUCCAUGUAUAUAUAUAUAUAUAUAUGUAUAGUUGGGCUUUGAACAGCCAGUCAUCCACAUUUCACUCUUCAAUUCUCAGUCGAAACUCUGCCCUCAGCACCUAAAGUUCUGCAAAUUAGAGCUUCUAGGCCAUGUGCUGAUACUGGGCAUGAAGGCUAGAGCUUGGGUGAUCAUAAUCGAUGUCACUUUCAAUAGAUUCAUCAUCGCAGGUUCUUGAAAAUGGAUAUGAACAUGCUGAACUACUCUCCGGGAAUAAUGAUGAACAUGAAGGUGUCAUGGUGAACAUGGAAAAGCCUAUGGACUCCAAGGUCUUUCUCACUGCACUUAGAGCUUCGAUAUCGCUGUGGAGGAAACAGGGCAAAAGGGGUGUUUGGAUUAAAUUGCCCAUUGGCCUUGCAAAUCUUAUUGAAAGUGCAGUAAAGGAGGGAUUUCAUUAUCAUCAUGCUGAGCCAGAUUACCUGAUGCUUGUUCAUUGGAUUUCUGAGUCCACCACUAGUACUAUCCCUGCAAAUGCCACACACCGAGUAGGCAUUGGUGCCAUUGUCAUGAAUGAUAAAAGAGAGCUGCUUGUGGUCCAGGAAAAGAGCGGGAAGUUAAAAGGAACGGGAAUAUGGAAGAUCCCUACUGGAGUAGUUGAUGCGGGUGAGGAUAUCUUCAAGGCAGCAGUGAGAGAAGUAAAAGAAGAGACAAAUAUUGACACAGAAUUUGUGGAAAUCCUAGGAUUCAGGCAAACCCACAAGUCAUUCUUUGAAAAAUCGGAUUUGUUCUUCCUUUGCAUGAUGCGCCCACUCUCCUUUGAUGUUCAGAAGCAAGAAUUAGAGAUUGACGCAGCCAAGUGGAUGCCAUUCGAGGAGUAUACAGCUCAACAAAUUGUCGAGAAACCUGGAUUUUACAAGUGCAUCACAGACAUAUGCUUAGCAAAGGUAGACGGGGACUACAUCGGUUUCUCUCCAAGACUUGUAAAAUCAAGUUUUACCGAUCAACUGAGUUACUUUUAUUUGAACGAACAAGAUUCUAACAGUUCUUAAGUUAAUUGAUUGGUCCUGAAUGGUAACUAUUGAUAUUUAUUGUACUUAUCACUCCUCUCUUACACUCUGGUGAGGAGAAAGAUAUAAUUAAAUGAACUGCCCUUUGUUUA